AUGUCUGAUGUCGAUUUGCAAGAAGGAUUAGCACGACAUCGUGGUUUUGCAGUCAAAGCUCGUGAAGUGCUGUUGGAACCACCAGCACCAUUUGUAGUUGUGGCAGAAACCUCGGGAAAUUCAUCGGAUGAAUCCAAUAGUCAAAGGUCACCUCAUCGUGGGUUUACGGCAAAAGCACGUGAAAUGCUUGUAGAAAGACAACCACAUAACAGCCAUCACGGCUCAAAAUCUUUCCGUGAAGCAGUUCGAUCGGAUUUCGAUAUACAUCAUAAACAACAAUUAAAUUCAAGUUAUCUGACUUUGGAUAAAUCACCCGUGCAACAAGCAGCUGUUGGGUAUGAAGAGAAAGAGAUUUUAAUUCCACAUUCCAAAUUGUCAAGAAUCAAAGCUCAUAAAUUGCUAGGCGAAACUGGAAAAACUCGAUCAGCUAACGAAAUUUUUUACGAUAAAUGUAUGAAACGAGUGCGAAAUCCAUUACUACGCUGUGAUUUGCAAUCGACAAGAUUUUUUGAUAAUUUUUACAAUGAAGCGAAAGAAUAUUCAAUCAUUGGAAUUUUCAGUUCCUCACAUGGAAAUCUCACAGCAAAAUGUCCAGAUUCACAACGAAGUGAUGCUUCUGAAACAGCUAAAAUGAUGGACUGUAUGACGUUUGACAAGAUUGAAACAGAUAUCGACGACAAGUAA